AAAUUCAAUGCCGCUGCUGAGAAGGUAAAAACCUUUACCAAACGCCCCACCGAUGAGGAGUUGCUGCAGUUGUAUGCGCUCUUUAAACAGGCCACCGUCGGUGACAACAACACAUCCAAGCCAGGUAUGCUGGACUUAAAGGGCAAGGCCAAAUGGGAAUGGUGGAAUAAGCAGAAAGGCAAGUCGCAAAAUGUCGCCAAACAGGAGUAUAUCGAAUACGUGGAGAAGUUGUCAGCAUCGUAUCUGUGAUCAAGUAGACGGCGCUUGGUUGGUAUUUUUUGUUGUUGUAAUUUUCUUUUAUUUUAAUCUAAGUAAACUUUUUCUACAAAAUUUUUUAAAAAUGAUUAUCAUUAGUCUUAGGCAAGCCUUUUAAAACUUAAGAUUUGGCUCAAAUUCGGAAAAUUUAAAACAUCAGCUAAUCGUAUAGAGCUAAAUAAAUAUGAAUUU